AUGUCGCGUGAAAAUGGCACGGACACUGUUCCUAAGACUAGCAUUCAAGAGGCCAUUAUACGAGAAGUUGAGGAAAUCGACUGGUCUGUGGAUCCUGCUGAGAAAGACUGUGAUGCGGAAGAUGAAGAGGAAGAUUUUGAUAUCGAUGAACUGGAAUGUGUUGACGAAGCUGCUGAAGAAGAACGCCGUGAGCGAAGGCAUCAUGAACGUAGAGAAAGACAUUCGCGCGAAAGAAGAAAGCAUUCUGAUAUACCUGAGAAGUAUCGUCUCGAUCGUUAUCAUCCUUAUCGAGGGGCAUUUCGUGGACGACGUCUUCGCGAUACGUAUCGGCCAAGUAAACACAGUGAUGAUGAUCGUCACAAAAGUUCCAGAAAUCGAUCGUCACGUGAGAGGUCGCCGCGCAGGCAUACGCGAGAUUCGUCCCAUGACCGAACUCACCGACAUAAGGGAGAUAAUGAUGAAAAAGAUAUUCCAUUCGAAGAACUAGAGGAGGUGGACUGUUGCGACGAAGUAGGUGAUGAUGAGUUCACUGACGGUGCUUCCGGUACAGGCGAGUCUCAAUCCGGAGAGGACGAUGAUCUCGACGAUGCCAGUAUGCUGCCAAGAAUUCACGGCGCAUCUAAUGGCGACGAUGAUUUUCCUGACCUCUGUGAGGAGAUAGAUGUCGAUGCCAUGAGGCGAGCCGCUGCCGCCACCAAAGCCGUCCUCUUCGCUGACGAACAUGAGUCGCCUGAAAUUAUCAGUUCACCUCCAAAGCCCGAAGUCACAAAAACUAAUGGUGUUUCGAAUCGUGGAGAUGGAGGGAAAAAUGGCGUGUCUACUGGAAGUUAUCGAACUGUCGUCAAUGGUGAUCGACGAGAUGAAGCACGACGUCAUCAUCGCUAUGUAGAUCGAAGUGAACACAGAUCGACUCGAUAUUCAAGAGCACAUCAGAACGGAUCAAGAAAUAGGGACGACCGGCAACGUGCUUCGUCAAGAGAAGCUCGAAAACGUGCUUCGUCAAGAGAAGCUCGACCGUCUACGUCAGGUCAUUCAGACCGUCUGGAAAAGACCACGAAAGAAGACGCGGAGAUUAUUUCCGUGCGGGGACCGUUAGCUGGCGGUUGGUGUCAGGUCGACGAAGAAGAAAUUGAUGCUUCAACAUCGGAGCCUCGGGCUAGUUCCAAGGGAGGCAGCAGUGAUGCAUCGACGACGAAGCACAGAUCGUCGAGUAUGGACACUGAUCCAACAAAGCGUAGGUCCCAACUUAUUGAAGGAAAUGGCGACAAAUCGGACGGACCUGCCAAACAUAGCAAAACCUCGUCUCCUUUGAGAAGGAUUGACUCUUUUAAAAGAUCCCCUUCAACAGCGAAGGAUGGUUCUUCCCAUUUUGGAUCGCCCAGGAGAGGAGAGCAAGAAACAAGUCGAGAAACGGAUCACAGUGCCAAACGUGACAUCAAAUCACCUCAGCGGAAGUCAUCGAGCCAUCAACAGCAGAGAAAUGGGACCGCCACCGGCGUCAAGGACAAGAUUCCAUCGUUGCUGGACAUGUGCAUAAAUGGAAUAGAAGCGCAGCAAACAUCAACUGCAAUAUCGCUGAUCGACUGUAUUCGGGACAACUCGCAGUUGGCUGAUGAAGGCUUACAACGAGAUCGAUGUCUGGUUAACGGAAGCGAGAGCGACAGAAAUACGGCCAAAAGUCGCUCACUGCUCGAUAUGGACAUUCCCCCUCCAGAUCGUAAUGUGAUGCGUCGGUAUGCGAUUGCCCUGAAUAGUUGCGAGCUGAGAAAACGACCUGAUUACGAUCGAUCAGGGAAUCACAAGCAAGAUCUGCCGUCGAGGAGUCCGUUGAUGUCGUCACCAAGACGAAAUGAUCAUCAUGAACGUCGACAACCGCGUGCAUAUGUUCAUGGUGUGCGUAAAUAA